CCUUAUCUUCAAGCUUCAGACGAAAAUACUUCAGUUGAUAGCCACAUAAUCUAACUUGCUUAAGGCAAAAAUUCAAUUUUCUAAUGUUGCUGAAUAGCAUUAGCAGUUUACGGCCUGCAUUACUUAUAUCACAAUCUAAUUCAACCAAUUUUCAUGGGUAUAAAAACGUCGAUUCUUCUUAUCGAAACUUAAUUUGCAAUUUAUCAUGGUACAAAUUCUGUAAUACGAGCACCCCAACUGGUAAAACAUUAUGUUGCAGGGCAAGGAGAAGAGUAAGAUAUGACAAAGAAGAUUAUGAAAGUUAUGGUUACAAUGAAGAAAUAGCUAUAUUGGAAAUGUAUAGCCAGUCAGCCAGAGGAGAAGCUCUGCUUGUGACAGCUAUGGUUGAUGAUCAACAAGUAGAAGUUCUCAUCUUUAAGGGAUUUUCUUCAUGCUUGAGUUAUGGGACAUCCCCAGAUCCAUCAAAAAGUGUUCUUCCACAAAGAGCAAGAAUUAUGUCAAUAGACAGGAUUAAGGGUCCUUUCAACCCCAACAAUAUUGAGUACAUUGAGAAAGGUUUGACAUGGGAGACAUUUAAAAGCCGUUUUGCUUCUACUAAUACUAAUGAAUAAACUUCAUUAUUCUUCAAUUAGCGUUUCCCAAGAUUUGAUUCACAUCUUGAUCUUUUCUUUUUUAAGAUCUCCAGCUCUUUAAGUCAAGCCCUGUAAAUCAGCUAUUACAAGAAUAAAAUUUCAUAGAGAUACGCAUUACAUAUGCUCUCUUUGUUCGCAAUUUUUUGUCAAAUUAAAAUAUAAUUGGAAUUAGUAAUAUGACAAUUAAAUGUAUUUAAUCUAGCUAGAUAGCUUUAAUUGAUGUCUUUCCUGAAUGCAAGUAAAAAAAAAAUAUUUCUUUUGUGCAAAAAAACUGGAUUGAUUCCAAGUAUCAUGUAGUAAUUCUAUUAACAAUGUUGCAUUUGUUCUUCCAUGACCCUAAAUAAGUAGUGCGAGUAACAGAAAUAAC